AUGGUUACCCGGGUGGCACGCACAACAGUAUUUUAUGGGAGUAUCGAUCGAGUUCGAUCCCAGUGAAUAUAUUGGGAGUAGGAUUUAGCAAAAUUAUAAACAGUGUAGUUGUGUGCGAUUAUGAAUUGCCGUUAAUCAAUUCCAUGUUUUAACUGGGUCACAGAAAUAUGUUAUCUUUGAAUCUACGUCAAAUGCAUUCACGUCCGGCUCCAAAACCCACUCUUCAAGAAGUAUAUCUUCCCCAAAGAAGCGAACUCGAUAUCUUCCGAUUACUCGAUCAUCGAUUCUUCAUUUUUGUUUAUGUUUCCCACAUUUUCAUCCGUUUGCUGCUCAUUAUUAUUUCUUUGCUGUAUUGUUAACUGUCGGUUUAUUUGUAGUGUUUCGUGUACAGAACCUAGAAAUGCACUCGUCAAAUUCAGUUGUUAUUAUUAUUGUUUUUACUUCUGCAUCGGUUAAAAUUAGGCCCGACAGGUAAGGCUCAUAGCGUCAUGUGAUCCAUCUGUUCCAGCAACAACUCUAUAAGCCACUUGGAGUUGUGAAAAGCUGUAGUUUUCGGACUGAGAACGUAUCUAUCCAGACGUCGUCUGCAAACGGAACAGAUGAGGAAAGGCAUCUUUCUACGAUCUUUUAAGACUAAACAGACAUUUAAACAAAAAUUGGAAGAACCUACACGUGAAAAGGAAAACUGAGCCCUGCUUACGAUGCAAUCGUAUAAUAUGUGCAAAAUGGAUAUAAACCUACAUGAACUCAAAGUGGCAACAGCAAUAGCUAUUCUGAGAAGUAAACCAGAGGGUGUCAACGUUAAACAAUAUGUUCAGCAGUUAUGUGAUGAUUAUAAACAAGGGCAAGAACAGUAUCGAAUACGGUACCUGCAAGCGAAAGAAACUAUUCUUCAACUGAGGCAGCAGCAAGUUAUUGCUUUCUCGCAAGCACACAAUGCCUUUGGACAAGGUAUGGGACCAACAAGUACAGAUGUCCUACCAUCUCCACCAUGUUCUGAAGAAAACACAAGUGAAGAUUUUAGUCUGUGUAUUAGCAGCCCACGUGUUUUGACCACUAGUUACCAGUUUAUUCAAAGUGUAGUGCAUUUACUUGGAUCAUUAGAGGACUUAGACAAGUUUGAAAACAUGGAUUUCCGAUGUACAGAAGAUGGAAAUGCAUCAGAAGAAAUGUGGCCAUUGCUUUCCUUAACAUACACAGAGUUAUAUUCUACUCUGAAGGAAACUGUGACAGCAUGCAUUAAAUCUCUUAAAAGAUCUGUUGAGUAUGAUUCAGGCAUGCCUAUGACAUGCCUACAGCAGGGACUAGAAGGAAUAACAAACUUGCUCAGUCACAGAUGGACGAAUGAAACUGUGCAUGGCCAUCAGCUUAAGAACUGCAUGCUAAGAGAACUCGGAGAUCUUAUAGACUGUGUAAUGUCAUCAUUGCUUGAACCUGUUGGAUCUGACAUGAUACAGCCACUGCCUAAAAGAAGACUGCUGUUCAGAAUCCUAACUCAUUUUGCUGUCACCAUGAUGGUACCAGAAAAAUAUGCUCUACUCACAACUCUAGUGGAAUAUGUACAAAGGUUAUGCAGUUUCUUGCGAACUUCUCUUUCUGAAAACCAGUCAUUCAGUCCCGACUGUUACGAGCGUCUAGGAUAUGUAUUAGAUUGUCUACAUAAUGGGAUAUUGAGUUGCAGACCUGAAACGGCAGAUUUAAAAAUAAUGAAAAACAUACAGACUGACCUGGAGAACUCCCUCCUGCACUUAACAUCACCACUUCCUUUUUUGGCUCAUGAAAUUUGGAGACUGUGUGCCAUGAUUGAAACACUUUUGGUACCGUGCCUUAUUUGAUUUUUUAUUUGAUUUGUUUAAAAUGGCAUUAAUGGCUUUGAAGACAGCACAUUCCAGAAUCUGUUAUAUGUAUCUGAUUUAUGUGUUGUGAAUUUUAUUGUGACUGGAUGAAUUUAAUAAGUUAUAAUAAUGACGUAAAAGUGCAUCAAUUAUUAUACAUUUUAAAGUUGUUUUUUUAUCAAGCUGGAAGUAUUGACAUGACACUAAUUAAAAUUCCAAGAAACAUUCUUUAGGUCAAGAUAUGAAUGAGCACUUUUCUUUACUUUCACUGACAGUCCUGUGUAAGUUAAAAAAUAAUCUUUAACCAAAAAACACUUCAAAACUUACAAAACACAUUUUUUCUAUUUUUAUUUUCAAAUACAAUAUCUAUAAAAAUGGUGGCAUUUUGUAAACAAGAGAUGAAACAGUUUUUAAAAAACCCUCACCUUAGCCAUCUGAGAUUCAGUGUUAACCCUGCAAAUUAUCCAAGAUGAGUUACCUGCAGUGGGUUACAUUUGUAAAUUUUCGAAAGUACAAAUGAUAGAUGACUGUGAACUCACAACCAUACUUACAAAGAUGUUUCUUUUAAUGGCAGACAAUGGUUUAAUACAGAGCCAUAAUGAGGCAACCCUGAUGUGUCUGCUCUAAUUUAGAUGUGUAAUGUUGGUAGAGAGAAAAGUCAUUAUAUUUCACUCUGAAGAGAUAUAUGUGGUUUACGGCUGCUUUUGAACUGGAGAAAUGGCAAUUAAAUACCCAAGUAAAACAAACACAAAAACAAUUUUUUUAAAUGCUAAAUGUGUGACUGUAGUAUAGAUAGAAAAAUAAUUGAUACAAAUGUUUCCCUACGCAAAACAUUAAACUAAUUUUUUUAUAAUAAUACUGGAAUGUUGCUCAAUCUGAAAAUAAAACAUCUAGUUACCAUAAGGUAAUACAGUUCAAGCUCAUUUUUCAAAAAUAAUUAUUAAUGACAUACUGUAUGUGUAUUGCUAUUAAAAUAAGUGUUAUUUCUUAAACUGGGAUCUACCAAAAAUGUAUGAAGAUCUCAGUUAAAGCACCAAGAAUUCCCAGGAAGGGUUUUCGAUGAAAACGAGAUGUGACAAAUAUUUUGAAAUUAAAAUGUACAUCAGAUGCUACUUGCUUUGCUUUCGUAAGACAAUCAUACAAAAUAUUAUAGUUACAAUUCAACUCACACCAGUUUGUGAUUCCCCUAGCACAGUGGUCACACAAGAACCAAAUAUUAGGAACAGAGAAUUGAUAGAAAUCUUAGCUUCUGCUUCUUCUUUUUUCUUUUUUUUUUAAGUUAAUACAUCGCCAGCAUGGCAUGCCAUAUAUCUUAUUAAUGUUUACCCUACAAGUGUCGUAAGCAGCUGUGUUGAGUUUAUUAAAUAAAAGGGCAGUUGAAACAACUGUACAGAUACAAUUAGAGACUUAAAACUUUUUCUCUUUUCUUUCAAUUAACAGGAACUGUCAAUAAUAUGUAUUUUUCCAAGUACCAGCUAUACUCUAUGCUAAACUGGAAAAAAAAUAUUCCUGUAAAAUUUUAAAGGACAACUAAUAAUUGUCUGCCAGGUGUUCUACUAAGCCGGCAGCUGGUGCUUUGCUACAUGAAAAAUGCCACUGAGGACAAAAAUAACUGAAUGUUCAAAUUACAAUAAACACCUUUUCAUAACGACAGCUGAACAGACCCACAUAGUAUACCCUGAAAAUAUUAACCUCUUGUGUUGACCAGCAUGCAACAAUGAGCAGAGAGCACAUCUUGGAAACACAACAAUAAAAAGCAGGAUGUAUGCAAUAUGUAUACUAUGACAACUUGUUAAAAUGUAAAUGACAAAGCAUGCACAAAAUGAAAUGAACACAACAAAUUCUGAAGAAAAAUAAGCAUGUAUGGAAACUCUCUACCUCAUUCAGGACAUGGUUUGAUAUAAAAAAAAUGACUUGCAAUACUGACAUUGUGUUGAUGAUCCAUUCCAUUUCUAAGAAGAUAGGGGAAUUAUUAGCACCAAUCUGGACCAUUGUCACUGAAGUGGAAAACUAAUACAAAUAUUUAUGUCUAUAACAUAUUUUGGUAACACAUUAAGUGUUAAAAAAAAAUUUGAUUUGGACAAGAAAGCCUAUAAAUUGUAUAACUAAUGAGUGGUUUGAUAAAAUUAGUGACAAAAUACACAAUACAAAAUAUUUCAUCUGUUUUAAGCCACUAUCUAAUUUAAAAAUACUUUUGCUAUUUAUAAAGUAUUUAUACAUUAUUCUUAAAUGUUU